ACCAAAUAAUCCGGAAAUCCCCAUUUGCUCCUCUCUCUCUCAGCUGAUCCCAUCAACUUCUCUCUCUCCUCUUCACAUACUUUUCGUUUCAGCUUCCUUCUAUCAAUGGAAUUGGCAACCAACACCAAGUCCAUCCACGCCAGAGAUGUCGAGGGCGGGACUCACCCGAAAUCUGGGGAUGGAAUCGUUGAUGAUGUCGUGGAGGUCGACUUCUCGAAGCGGGCCCAAUGGCUACGGGCCGCAGUUCUCGGGGCUAAUGACGGGCUUUUGUCCAUUGCUUCGCUCAUGAUGGGUGUAGGGGCAGUCCGCAAUGACGCCAAGACCAUGGUUCUCACGGGGAUCGCGGGCCUCUUUGGUGGGGCCUGCAGCAUGGCCAUCGGCGAGCUGGUCUCGGUUUACUCCCAAUACGACAUCGAGCUCUCCCAGAUGAAGCGGGUCGGGUGGACUGGGACGGCUGGAGCUGAAGAGAUGGACGAGAUGGAGAGGAAGCUCCCCAGCCCUUGGCAGGCUGCGGGUGCCUCGGCCCUGGCCUUUGCUGCGGGGGCAAUUGUGCCCCUCUUGGCAGCUGUCUUCAUUAAGGACCACAAGGUGAGGCUCUGGGCGGUGGUGGCAGCGGCUAGCGCAGCCUUGGUGGGGUUUGGGUGGCUGAGCGCAAAGCUGGGGAAGGCACCUGUGGUGAAGUCAUCCAUUAGGGUUCUGAUCGGUGGUUGGGCGGCCAUGGCUAUAACUUUUGGUUUCACCUUGUUAAUUGAUAGAAUCACCUCUAAUGCGCUAAGAAAUUAACAAGGCAGCCCAUAUAUAUUUCAGUUUAUCAUAUAAUAUAUAAUUUUAUAAUCGAUCAGCACUUCAUUAUAAAGGAAUGUGUCCGAAAUGCGCAAUGCAUCAAUGUAUGAUUACAUCUAGUUUGGUGUAUUUAAAAUGACAAGAUAUAUAACUUUAAUGUAUGCGAUGUAAGCUCCCUUAAUU